GGUAAUUUUGGGCCUCGUAGGUAGACGUACUAAACUGAGCACAUGAUCGGCUGGAGGUAGACAUUCUGCUCUAAAUAGCUUACCAGUUGUUUUAUAAGGAACAGAACUUCACCACCAAGCUUUGAACUUAUUAUUUUGAGAUGGAGUCUACACUUGAACAGCAUCUUAACGACACCAUGAAAAAUCCGGCCAUUGUUGGCGUUCUCUGCACCGAUCAACAAGGACACAAUCUGGGCUGCAGAGGAUCCUUAUCAGAUGAGCAUGGCGGUGUGGUCUCUGUUUUGGCACGGCAAGCAGCGACACUCACGAGAGACCCGACUGACCCAACCCCCACGGUGUGCCUUGAAUCUGACUCCGGAAAUAUCUUGAUACGGUCACAUGGAACCAUCACAGUAGCUGUUCACAAGAUUGCAUCAUGAAGCAAUUGCCCCCUAGUUUCCUUAUUUAUUGCUUUCCUGUAUUUUCCAGACUGCGUUGCAGAAGUCACCAUAGCCUGGUACAUAAGUGCCAUCCUAAAUUCUCUACACUAUGGGGAUGACAUGGAAGCACACUGGAGGAUAUGAAUUGUUGUGAAAAAUUAAAUAUUUUUAGCGACUCAACAUCAGUAUAGCAAAUUUGAGAAUAAUGAGCAGCCUAUUGUGUACUAUUUGCCAUAGGCCGGAGUUUAUUUUAAAUUAAUAUACUAAUAAUGCGCUAAGACCUAAACUGCCGUGGAUGAAAUUAAUUUAACUUUUAUGCUUACUUUUUAUGACACUUUCUUUUUUCAUAAUAUAUUCCCUGUUUGGUGUCAUUUGUCUGUUGUUGUUUAUUCAGAAUUCCUGCUCUUGUGCAUAGCUCAGCAAAUAAAAUGUAUUUUAACCAACAA